AUGGACGGCGGGGGAGAAAUGAGAGCAGGAUGCAUGCGAAUCAGGUGUCCUUCCCCACGAAGAGCCAUGUCUCGGUGGUUUAACUCAAAGGAGAAGAUCAAAGGGAAAAAGAAGAAGAAUGAUAUGGCUGAAAGCCAUGUGAGAGACUCUGACUCGGUAAUGAUCAGAAACUUCUCGGAGGAUGAUCGUCGCCAAUUUUCAGAUUCUCCGCCAAGGAACGAAUUGCAGAGAAGUGAGUUUUUGUUCAGUAUUGGAGUGAGUUGUUAUCUGCUACACCUGAUUGCUACUGGUAGAGAAGAGGUUCACAAGAUAGUUGAUCUAAGGAACGAUCUAGAGAAGCUUCUUGAAUGUCAAAACGAUGAGAUGAGACGAAAACAUCAAGAGUUUAUUAAGAUACGCGACAAUAUAGAGAAAUUAUUAGAGUUUCACAAUGAUGAAAUGAGUCGAAAACAAGAGCUGUGUGAAACCUCUGUUUAUUCCACCACCAGUGAUGUUGUGGAUGGUCCAGAAUCUUCUAUUGAUCACUAUUACUCUCCACAGUUGUUGGAUACAUCUUUGUUUGUUGGACGUGAAGGUUCUUUGAAACAUUAUGUAUGUAAGGGAGGGGAUGAGGAUUUUGGAGGAGAAAUGGAUCAGCUUGAAGCUGAACUUGAAGCUGAGUUUGAACUUCUUCAGAUUGGUCAGGACCACUAUGGUAACUAUCCUAAGCUCAAGGAUCAGGUUCCAGAGAAUAGUGAAGAUUCAGAAGGAAUGAUGUUCAGACACAUGUCUUCAGGACCAGUACUGGAGGAGCAACAAGGAGUGUGUCCUUAUGAGUUGGAGAGAAGGCUACAUGAGCUUAUGGAGACAAGACAAGAAGAGGAGAUAAAUGAGCUGCAGAGUGCAUUGGAAGAUGCAAAGAAAAGGCUUCAUGUGAAGGAGGCUGAAGCUUCUUGGUGGAAAGACACUGCUUAUAUAGUCUCUGAACAUAUUCCAAAACCUUCUAGAAUCACCUCCAAUUCUCAAACUCUUCGUCACCCUCUCUCUAGGUGA